AGCUCACGGCUGGUGGGCAAACCGCUGAGAAAGCCUCUUCAACACAGCUGAGCGCAGCUGGAACGCGCUAUUGGAUGCUUAACCAUGGGUGACCCUUUCAACAGCAGCAGCAGCAGGGUGUUUAACCGAACCCCUCAGGGUCAUGUCACAUUUGGAAAUCUGGAGGACAUAGACGUGACCGCGGACAGGAGCCCGGUCCUGAGGAUCAUGAUCUCAGUGGUGUACAUUCUCGUGUGCGCAAUAGGCUUAGUUGGGAAUUCGCUCGUCCUUUUCAUCAUGAGAGUGAAACACUGCAGACAGAGCACCACCAUUAAUGUUUUCGUCAUUAAUUUAGCUGUCACAGACCUCCAGUUCGUCCUGACUUUGCCGUUUUGGGCUGUGGAUACCGCUCUGGAUUUCAGCUGGCCGUUUGGAGACGCCAUGUGCAAGAUCAUACUGUCGGUCACUGUGAUGAACAUGUACGCCAGCGUCUUCUUCCUCACUGCUAUGAGCAUCACCCGAUACUGCUCCGUGGCUUCAGCCACCAAGACCAGGGUCCGUCCGCCAACAUCCUGCUCUGUCAAAUGGGUUUGCGCAUUUUUGUGGGUCUUUGCUACCGUCGCCACCGCGCCGACGUCUAUUUUCUCCACUGUGACCAACGUGGCUGGAGAGAAGCUCUGCUUACUGAAGUUUCCUGCAGGACAUUAUUGGCUAGCAUUUUAUCAUUUGCAAAAAAUCCUGGUUGCUUUUGUUUUGCCCAUGUUGACCCUUUCCGUGUCCUAUUUGUUGCUUCUGAGAUUUGUGAGAAAGCGAAAUAUGAAUAACAGUCAUUCACAGCGCAGGAUUCAAGUCACUAAAUCUAUCACAGUUGUGGUUCUUUCAUUCUUUCUUUGCUGGAUGCCGAACCACGCAAUUACAUUUUGGGGUGUUUUGGUAAAGUUGAACGUGAUUCACUGGGAUGAGGCGUAUUAUAUUGUUCAUACCUAUGUAUUCCCCGUGACUGUUUGCUUAGCUCAUACUAAUAGUUGCUUAAAUCCGUUUAUAUAUUGUCUUACCAGAAGGGCAUUGAGAAAGAAACUGAAAAAUUGUUUGUCAAAUAUUGCCCCUUGGUUAUUAAAGAGGUCUUUUCAGAAAUCUGGGAGGCAUGCAUGAACCAUGCCACGAUAUUAAAAUGAGAAAAUAAUAAUUUAUAUGCAAAAUAUAUAUAUGUAUAUAUUAUAUGUGUAUAUAGAAUAUAUAUAUUUUUCUCUCUUUUUUGACAAUUUAUUAUAAAACGAUAUAUUAUUAUUAUUAUUAUUAUUAUUGCUACUACUACUACCAGUAAUACAUUAUUAUUAGCCUACAUUUAGUUGCAUCAAUAAUUAUUCUUUAGAGAGAUGGAAUUUAUUGACUGCGUUA